AUGUCACCGCGCACGUUGGAACAUGUCCUCGCACAUUCUAUGCGAUUUCCUAGGCAGCGUGCUGACCAAAUCAUUCCCAGUCUUUUCCAUUCCUCUCACCUCCCUGUGGUGGCACCAGGUUCUCAGAUGAAAGCAACCUCCACUCGAACGUCAUACCUCUAUCCUCGAUAUUUAAUUGACAAAAUUGACGAAAAAUCAGGCCGGUCUGUCGACCGACUUUCGACUUAUCGUCUGAAGGGUUUAUCUCCCCCGAAGCUGGUGCGAAACGGCAUGGAUUUGUUGAUAUUCUUAAAGUUUGGUAAAAAAAUGGGUGCCUGGGAGGAGAGCCUCGCGACAUUUCUUGAUGCCACGUGUACGGUGCUUCCUGAUGAGGUGUUAGUUACCAGUGGGGGCGUUAGGAGUUCUUCCUUGCCUUCACCUCCGCCGGCAUCCGCUCCUCCAGACCAACGGCGGAAGUGCCACGUCACGCCAAGCAGCGCGCACAUCACACUCCUCAUGGACAUGUGUGCAAGCAGUGAGCAAUGGGGGUUAACCUUGUUUCUCGUUAGGCAUUUCGGUGAAGCCCACCCGAGCAUAAUCUCACACGCGGUCGGUUUGAUGGCACGCCGUCGCGUUGCACCGAUAGCCUUAAGGGAGGAGGUUGGGGUUCCAAAAACGACCCUUCACAAUCAUCUGGGCGAUCAACCGAGCAGCCAAGGUACUGUAGCCACGAAAAAUGGUGUUGAGGUGAGGGGUUGGCAGGUGGCGUGCUAUUACCUAACUCGUCAGCUCUGUUUUCAACUGCAUUGCGUACCUGUCGAGGCGUUCAAUGUGAUUCUUUCUAGCUGCAGAAGUGAUGGGGAUUGGAUCGCAUCCAUGGCUGUUGUGCGAUGUAUGGGACCAAACCCUUUGCAGUAUUGGCAGUCUGUGAGAGAGUAUGCGGCGAUAUCAAGACAUUCUGAUGAAGUGAAAGAAACGAAGAGUGUCCUGGCUUCAGAUUGGUUUUGCCCCUUUUCCACGCCUGCACAACAACAGGUACCCACCGAAUCCCACAUGACUUUGAUCCCCAAUCGCAAUGUUGAAACGAGUGGUGCUGCGGCGACCCACAGAGCUGCGUCCGCGGAAUGCAAUGCAGUCGAAAGCACUUUUGCUGCGCCGUCACCGGAUGUCGUCAGCUAUGCCACUCUUAUCGUGACUCUUGAGCAGGCUGGUGAGUUUCACUUGGCAACGGAGGUGUUAAACCGUUUACCACCGCUGGAGAAGAAUAAGAUAACCGCUUCAUAUGUAUCCUUGAUCGGCGUAUGGUCAAGCCAGGUAUGUAACAGGAAACGAUGGUAG